AUGUCUGAACGUCCAUACGUCAGCUUUGAUCACUUUGAUACUUCGGUGCAAAUCAAGUUAAAAGAGUUUGCGUAUAAGAUAAUUUUUCACGAGAGUCCCGAAUGUAUCCCGGAGGAAUUCAAUCCUCAAAACUCAUGCUUUUGUGAAAUCUGCCGAAAUGAAAUACUACCUCAACUUUUAAAACCAAUCACCAUCUUCACCUGUGGACACUUAUUCCAUCUAAACUGCAGUGAACGCAACCAACCUUUUUCAGAACCACUUUGUCCACUUUGUCCACUUUGUCGAGAUCAAAACCAUUAUGAUGACAACGCUGGUAGUUCUGGUAGCGCUUAUGAUAAUGAUGCUGGUAAUGGCAUUGGUUCCGGCUCUGGCAUUGGUACCGACCCCCAUCCUCCUGUCAUUUCCGAAGCCGAAUUCUUUAGCUCGCUCAGUGUAGCUGACGUGAUUGCUGGAAUACCAGCCUUUCUCGUGUUUUACACAGUUCUACCUAGUGCUAUAUAUACAGCGCGACAUAGGAGUAGUAAGGGAAAUUGGUAUGCUCCACCAGAACCUACCGAUGAAUCACCUUCGAUGCAAGCCAAAUUGGUUAGUCAUUCACGGCCAGAAAUUUUUGUGACAGGAGCAUUGUUAACUGUAGUGUUAAUUACUGUAGUCAUAUAUCAUUUUGAGAAUAUCGGAAUUGUAAAACCAGCGAUCCCACUAUCUGUUUUAUGGGGAACCACGACACUCACUACCUUAUAUUAUACAACCUCAACUCAUGAUAUUUCUCACGAAAUAUAUCUCGUGUCUAGCCUGUUAAUGUUUAUGUUGGAAUGGGCUUCUCCAAGGACACCCACGAUCAAAGCCACCUCUACGAAUCCAGUAACCAGCGUGAAUCUCCCCGCAGCUGAAUCUACAAAAGUUACAACUGCAGAAGAAUCCGAACAUUCAAAAUCAGAAUAA